AUGGAUCCACCGACCAACCAACCCGCCGGUGCGUCGUCGAGCUUCAAGACGCCGCAGAUGGACCAGUCCGAAUGGUCCGCAGCCACCCCAACCACCACCACCACACCUUCGCGGCACACAUUCCCGCGGCGUCUGAGUCUGCUUCAGAACGAUGCCGCCUCGCCUGCUCGCUCGGACACGCCGCAGGAGGCAAGUCGCAGGACAUCGUUUACGGGUCCGAAACCGUUGAACCUCGUUUCGCAGCCGCUAUCGUCGGCGGCAGUGCCUAGCUCGGCAUCAUCGUCGGGCCCAGAUACCCCGCGAAAGGGCAAACGCACGAGCUUGUCGUACAUUCCUUCGCCUUCGACGAGCAAGAUCGACGAUGGCCAGUUGAGCCGUGCACAGUCCACCUCGUCAGCGGCGGGUCGCACGCGCACGGGCUCGAUCAGCAGAGCGACGACGUCUUCCCGCCGCAGACCGUCCCAGGCGUCGCAGGCGAGUGCGGGCGCCAACAGCGAUGCUGACGACUGGCUCAUGUCCGAAGAAGACGCGUCCUUCUCCUUGCCCUCCGCUGCACGUGCAAUGGCGGGGCGAGACUCGGCCAAAGUCGAAGCGCAGUUUCAAGACACGGGCUACCGCGAAGGCAUCACGGCGGGCAAACUGAGCACGCUGCAGAACGGAUUUGACCAGGGCUUCAACGAGGUAGGUGCACCCCUGGGCCGCGAGGUGGGCAUGCUGCGUGGCCAGCUCGCGGCGCUUCUCCUCCUCACCUCGCCGUCUCCGUCUGCAGAUGCUGCUGGGCCUCGCAAGGGCGUGGGUCGAGCCACGGGUCGCAUGCGCCCCGCAAACUCGGCAGCCACGCCUUCGCUGCCGCUGCUGGGGCAUCCGCGGCUCGCCGAGGCGCAGCGAGAGAUGCGCGCGCUCGCCGCCGAGCUCGAUAGCGUCUCGCUGGGACAGCUUGCCGAGCCGGACUACGAUGCCUUGGUGCACGACCACGAGCAUGCGGUUGAGGCGGGCGAUGCUGCCGCACAGCCGAGUCGCGAGACGGAAGAGCAGAGACAAGCGCGCACCGCGGUGCUCGUGCGAUUGCAUAAGCGGCACGAACGCAACGGCGCGCUGACGGGUCCGACGCGCGACCUGCUGCGGCUCAUAGCGGAGAAGGAACGCAGGUGCUUUGAGCUGCGCGACGAGCUGGCGGCGGAAGAGGCCGAGCUGAAACAGCUGCGUGCAGCGUGGCAACGCACAGCGACACGAGAACUGGCGUAUGGCACCUCGCCCACCCACCGACGCAACGGCAGUGCGUCCAGCUCGACGACAAGGCCGAGUCUGGCUCGAACGGAUAGCACCGAUUCCCUCGCAGGCCUGCCCGUUGGGGUGCCCCAGGCGGCCGCGGAGGCUUGGAACUCGCUGUCGGCUAAACUGCCCGGCGGACUCAAGAGCCAGUUGAACAGUCUGCUCGAGAGCAUUGCCAUGGAUCAGCCGCCCGAGGUGCCCGAAAAGCGCGCCGAGGAUGCGGGCAUGUUGCGGCCGGCACCGCUGGGGACAUUGGGCGUGCUCGAGGAGGAGGGGUCGGAUGUGGGCAGUGCGGCGGUUUCGCCUCGCUCGCCGCGCUCGCCGGCGGGACCGAUGGCGGGCGUGCGCGGUGCGGCGCAGGAGCAAGACGACAGCUCGGUGCUGGGGUUCAAGGUGGAUGCGAACGGGAUUGCCACGCCGAGUGUACGGCUCAGCGAACAGCCACCACCCACGCCGCCCAAGGAGGGAGCAAGAGAGGGGAACACAUGGCAGUCGCGGCGAACCUCGGUGCUGGGGUCCUGGUCGCAGCUGCAGUCCAAGCUUACGGGAGAGGCGGACUCGGGAGGUGGCGGGUUGGCAGGCAUGUUCACACGCCGACUCAAGGAGGCACGCCACAAUGCGUCCGACCUGCUGCGCGAGGCGGAGCGCAAACUGGGCAACGCAAUGACCAUCGAUGAGCUGCUCGGCAUCAGCAACGACGAACCACCCUCACCCCAACCUCCCAUGGCGCGCUCGCGCUCCCCGCAGAUCAGGCUCGAGGGGGUAGCGACCGAGACGUCGUGGGCCGAGGCAGCGGUAGGCGUGCGGUCUCCGAACCUAGCGCCUGCGGAUGCGGUGGGGAGGACGAGUGCGUCGAGCAGCAGGAGCUCGCUGUCGCUCCAGCUGCCCGUGCGCAGUGCAUCGCCGCACUCGCCGCCGAUUGGGGGUGCACCCGGUGCGGCGGCGUUCGGCGUGCUCCACAACGGCUCGAGCAGCAGCAUCAACCGCGUCAGCACCAACAGCGUGGAUGGCUGGAAUUGGACAAAGCACGAGCACGAGUGGGACGAGUAG